AUGUACGACUCCUUGAAGCCUGUCCUCUUGACCGGAAACCUGCAGUCUAUAUGGGUGAAUAAACUUUGUAGUAACAAAACUCGAGUGUCUGACCCUUGUAUGCGCUGUAUACAUGAUAGUGUCUUUGCUAGCUUUGGACUUGGUUGGCUCAUCACUAAUGGUACUGGUCUUGCUUCGUACCCAAUUGAUACAGUCAAAAGAAGAAUGAUGAUGACAUCUGGUGAGGUGGUCAAGUACAAGACCUCGCUCGAUGCAUUCUCCCGGAUAGUUAAGAACGAGGGUCCCAAAUCUCUGUUCAAGGGUGCUGGUGCUAACAUCCUCUGA